AGUGUUUUCAGAUUGGCGAGCAAUCAGUUACGGAAACCGGGCGCUGAAGUUGAAUUAAAAGCAGCAGACACAAUGUGGAUCCCUAGCCAAAGCACAAGCACUAUCUGCGCACUGAUGCCACUGCUGAUUUUGGCAACCUGGCAGCUGUGCGUUCUUCCCGGGACGGAUGCCAAGCACUUGGCCGCCAGAUCGCACGACCCCGAAACGGAAUUCCAAUCCCAUAACAGUGACGUCGUACCCGCCCCUCCCGCCUCUGCUGCAGUGCGUCGGAAGCGACAGCUCUCCGAUUGGCUUAUUGCGCCCAACACGCGGUGGUGCGGACGCGGCAACCUGGCCAAUGGAACCUACAACGAUCUGGGCGGCGCCUCCAAGGCGGACAAGUGCUGCCGGAAGCAUGAUCACUGCAAGAUGUGGAUCGACGGGAUGUCCAAUCGCUACGAUCUCUUCAACUACCGACCCUACACCCUAUCGCACUGCAAUUGCGAUCUGCGCUUCCGCACCUGCCUGAAGAUGGCCGGCGACGAGGAUGCGAACGCCAUUGGCAAGCUGUUCUUCAAUGUCGUCCAGACGCAGUGCUUCGGCUUGAAGUCUGAGACCGUGUGCAUCCAGCGUGGAGGCUCUGGCAAGGAAGGCGAUCCCUGCCUGAAGGAGGAGGUGCGCCACAAGGCCUUUCUGCGCAACAACAAGCGGUUCUAAAGAGGACUAGUUAGCUCACAAUGACCGGCAGGAAUUGGAGUAUCCCAAAGCCACCUGCCCGUAUAUGAAGCCUAUGAACGAACAAACCGCCCCAGAGUGCUGCAAUUAAGUUUGAAACUUAAUGGGAAGGCAUGGCAAAACACCAUCAUCAUGCGUACUUAGAGGAGGAGAGAUAGCCAGAGACACCCGUCUAUGUAUUAAGCUAUAUACAUAUAUACCUAAAUAUGUAUAGGACUUUCAAGUGCUAAAAUAAUGCGUAGUAGUCGGUACGAUAUACACUUAGUUGUAGUCAAUCAAUCUAGUUAAGGCCGACGGAUCAAAUAUAGGCUGCCAGAAAACAAAGUUUUUAACUAGCUGUAGAGACCCCUAUAAUAUAGUAUAUACCCUAUAAUCAAUAUAUGUGAUUAGUUGUAGACGUAGUAACUUAAUAAAAGGAAUUUCCAAAGAACAAAA